GGGGUUUGCCAAAAAGCGUCGAGAUAACCGAUGAGUGAGAUAACUGAGGAGAAAAGGCUGAGACAAAACAAAGAGAGAAUUUGGCGGUUCCAAAAAAACUUCAACACAACAGGGUUGGUGAGUUAACCGAGGUCGAGAUAAGCGGGUUCGACUUUUUUCGAGUAGUAAGUUUAGUAAUCGUAGGUCUUGUAACUUGAGAAAUGUUUUCAUCAGCAUGAUUUUGAAGUCAAAACUUGUCAAAAUCACAUUUAUAGUUAUAGUAGCAAAGUGGCACAGUGAUUUAUUUAUUUUAAAAGGCUUUUAAAUUUUAGGGUACAGGUAAUGAAAACAUUUUAUAACCAGAUUACCAGGGUACUGGUAAUGAAAACAUUUUAUAACCAGAUUUUUCAGUAAUACAGUGGCAUACAUUGCCGGCCUUACUGCUAACCGAAAUCCAGCUAAAAUUUCGAUGUAUACUUCUUUAGUAUUCUUAUAAUAAAUUAAAUAGGCUCAUAGUAAGUUUAAAAUUUAUUGCGCAAGCACAUUAUGAGUCACACGCUGGGAUCCCGACUCUAAAAAAUACAGGUACCGUGGUUAAAAUGAAUGCUUCAAAAUACAGGGAUUGGAUAUAUGAAAACCGUUUAAAAAUGUACAUAAAUCGCCUUUCAUACCCGUAGUGUCCAUUUCGUAUUUAGAGUAAAAUAAGUGAAUAUUUAUUUUUAAAAACUUCAGGCUGAGGAUUACCGGUACCGGGUAUUCUUCCAGACUAACUGAUGGAGACACUGACACAUUUGUAAAAAUAGAAAUGGCUUUAAUUUGGAAACUGUGGUUCUAGAUGAAAAUAUCAUGAAAUUGCAUUCAAUGCCAAAGGCCAGUAGCUUAAGGUCUAUUCCUUUGACCACUGUAGAAUCAUUUGCACUCAAAAAUAAGCAAUCAAACAUUAGAUACAUCAAUUGUACAAUCUCAAUAUUUAAAUUUGACUAAAGAUUAAGCAAACAGUUCAAACACAUUUUAAUUUGUUUUAUAAACCUGUGAAACAACCUACACCAAGGACCCAGUCCAUCUCAAACACAGACUUCCAUGAUGGACAGACUGUGCUCGGGGAGGUGGAGGGGUUGUAUUUACUCAAAUUUCUUUUAAUGAUAGAUGGUUGUUGUUGAGGUAGGCCCUCUUGUUAUCUAUCAAUUCAAAGUAUACUCAACAUUUUAUUUCAUUAUCAUCAAUUAUCAAUAGUAAUUAAUACUAUCUAUAGCACUAAUAGCAGUGCUGUCCACCUCGCUGGUCACAGCUUGAGAAAUUUGUAUGAUAUGUGUAGAAAAUAAAACACUUUAGAGUGAAAAUAUUUUCAAACCACAUUCAUUAAUUUAGUAUUGUUGCGAAAUUAUGUGAGAGCAUAGGAGAAGUUGUAAUAUGGAAAAGUGGGAGGAAACAAUAGCUAAGGAGUAAGAUGGUUAGAGUUAGUCUGAGGUAGUACCAGUAGUAAUUUAUGUUAAGCACAUAAGCGGUGCAACCAUUUGGGUGCCAUAAAAUUGAAUACUAUCUUCUCGUUCUUUUUGUUAGUUGUUGUGGGGUAUCAGGUAUAAUUACACUAACAACGUUGGGAAAGAUGAAUAGGAAAACCAAAAGUAGCUAUUUGGUAAUUGUAAAAAUUCCAAUCCCCAAAAAACUCGACCAAGUAAUAAGUGAUUGUAAUAUGAAAUAGAUAGGUGAGCACCUCAAGUUAACUACGGUACCUGUACUGCACUUUGUAGGAUGAUAAUAAUAUGACAGGAAGUCAGAGGAUUUGAGAUAGGAGCUGGGGCACUAGAGGUGUCACAAUUGGAUGAUGAGGAUGGGCAGUGUCAACUAUUUAUGGUACCAUGUUAUGUUAUUAAACAUGUAGUUUAGCCAGGUAUAGGAGAGUGUGUAUCCAUCCUGUAUUGUUGUGACGUUGGGGGACAAAUAGAUAGUAUUCAGAGAAAGGAGUAUGAGAUGUUCAAUGGGUAGAAAACAGGACACAAGCUGUGUUUGUUUGUAGUUAAUGCAUUUCAGUCAGGGCUGAAUUGUGAGAGACAGUCGAAACGAUUCCUGAAAGUAUUUUUUAUAAACAAAAAUAAGAAAACGUGGCCAAAUGACAUAUGUUUCUUCUGAUGGCUUUCCACAACUAUGGAUAUGUUGGAACGAAAUUUUGACCUUGUUUUUGGAAUCACCCUACUUCAGUGAUGCUGGAUCCUCCUUAAUUACCAACAUUAAGUCCAAAAAAUUAAAACUUCGACUGUUGAAAAUUUAAAAAAUCUAAUGAAAGCUACCGAUAACUACCUCAAAAUAGGAAAAUUGAUAGUACAAUUCAAAACAAAAUAUAUCUUUAAAAGGGGGGUCAGUUUUUAUUCCCUUCAUUUUUUUCUUAAUGAGCCCAUAAUGCCACUGGAUAUAUGAGGCUUUAUGCAUACGGGAAGAAGUAUUAAUUAAGUGAAUGUUUUCUAAAAAGUGAAGAACAAAAAUUCUUUCUUUGCAGACCUCAACUUAGCAGAACAUUUUUUUUUUUUUUGGCCUACCCAGUCAAAAAGAUUGGACAGCACUGAUCUAUAGUGACCAUAGUAAUCAUAUUCGUGCUCAUAGUUCUACUAUUCAUUGAAUUGAUAGAUACUGGUAACAAGAGAACCUACCUCAAUAAAAACCAUUUAUCUUGAAACAAAUUUUACAACAAAAAUUAACUUCAGCCUCAGGGCAGAAAUCUCAUUUGGUGAUUUAUAAUUCUAUUGUAAUAAUAAUAUAUUAUAACUGAGAUCUUUUCUGUGAUUCUAAUUGAAAAUGUCAAUAUCUAGAUGACAGCAGAUUGGUAAUUUAAUUCAAAAUUCUUGUAAAAUUCUAUUUUUUAAUCUUAGAGGCUAGCUAAUAACUUUCACUGCUGGCAGUUUGAUUUAGUUAAUCCUAAGUCAAUGUGUAAAUUUUUUUUUAAAGUUAGUCUUUAAAGGGGAGAUACAAGCAAAUACCAGUAAGGUAAUUAAAAAUGUUAAAAUACAAGUAAGCACUCGGUACGUUAGGACCUAAUGACCUUAUCCAAGACCCUAAAAUACAGAUUUGACUUCUACUGUCAUGGAGUGAUGACAGAAAAUUACAAUUUUAUAGGACCUACACAUUUUUAAAAAGUUAAUAAACCUAUGAUUAUGAGAUCUAUCAUAAUUUCACUUAAAUUAUUUUGCAUUGGUUUUAUUUUAAAUGUGUUAUGUGAACCAUAUUAUCUGUAAGAUAACCAAAGUUUAAACAAAAUUAACUUGAUUAUUCAAAGUAAAUUUGUAAUCUUAGCCUUUUAUAACAUAACUUUUUUAAUACUUCUAUAGGUGAAUGAUUGCCCCAAAGACUUGCAAUUUGAUGAUCUUGUAACUACAAUACAAUGCCAUCCAAUUGAAAAUAUCAUAGCCUGUGGAAAUAUUGGAGGAGAUAUUUUUCUGUAAUACUUCUAUCAAUCAAUGAUUGAUAAUUUAUUUUUAAAAAGAUAAUUUAAAAUAUAUUUUUAAAAAAAAUUUAACUUCUUCAUUUAUCAAUGUCAAUAACAUAAGGACCUUUUCUAUUUUAUUUAAAACUUCAUGCUCAUAAGGAAUUUAAGUUAUGAAAUCUAAAAAUUGGUUUAUCAGGAAACAUUUGUGACUUUUAUUUUUGCAAUCAGUAUAUGUCUAUUAAAUGCACAGAGUCUACCAUAAUGAAUGCAUUUUUUUACCAUAUUUGCAGACAUUCCUUCAGCAACACUGAAGACAACAAAGAACUACAUAAAUUUAUUCACCACAAAAAAGCUUGUAGAGUGUUGCGUUUUUCUGAAGAUGGCAGGCGGUUAUUUUCAGUUUCCAAGGAUAGGUCACUGUAUUGUGUGGAUGUUGAAACAGGAAAAUUGAAGAAGAAAAUAAAAAAGGCACAUGAGUAUGUCAGGAUUUAUUAAAUUACUUUUUGUUUAACUGCAAAUAUGCCGGUAAUUUCACCUCUCUGCUCAAUUCUAUGUUCUUAAUGAUUCUUUUAUCAAAAUUAUUUAGAAAUAAUAGAGUUCUACUGAUUGUAACUGAUUGAAUACAUACAUAGUUUUGUCAUGCAUUCAUGAUUUACAUAAUCCAGCGAGUUUUUAAAACCUUCCCUUGAAGUGCAAGCAAAAGAUUUAGAAAGUAAAAAUUUUAAAGUAUUUUUUUUCCCUUCAGAUCUCCUAUCUAUAGCAUGGUACUGACAGGUGAUACAUUUGUGGCCACUGGUGAUGAUGAAGGAGUACUAAAGGUAAGCUUUAUUUAUUUGUUCACUCUUGUAUUAUUGAGCUGGCCCCAUUUUAAAAUAUAAAAAUAAUACAUUUAUUUCUUAUGUUAUUUUCAUUGAUAAUUAUUUCUUCUGUUUUACUGACUGGCUGGAAAGCUUAACAUCUCUUUAGGCUUAGCUCAGCCAAAGGCUAGACUUGCCUUGCUUACUAAUUUAAUCAUGUCAGACUUGACAUUUUAAGUACCGGUACCGGAAUGAAAUUGUACGUUUUUUGUGCAAAAAUAAGAACAAUUUUCAUCAAUGGAUGGGAACUGAGUAUUUGGUAUAAAGGGUAUACUGCUGAGUUAUAUAACAUACCUCUUCAUAGAAAGGCUAUUUGUGUAUAUCGUGCAAGACAAAAUUGGACUCUUAAUUUGACCAGGGUAUGCUGAAUUUUUAAAAAAAUGAGGCUAAAUGUUGAAGUAAUCUGAAGCAAGCUCAGAAUCUGGAUGGAUAGAUAGAUAUAUUGUAUUGCAUGCAUACCAUCUUUUGUGUUUGCCCAAUUUUACAGCAAUCUAAUCUAAUUUUUAUUUCAAUAGGUCUGGGAUAUGAGAACCAAAAAUGCCACAAUGGAAAUGAAGGAGUGUGAUGAUUUUAUCAGUGACAUGGUUGUAGAAGACAAUAAGAAAAUUAUUCUUGCUGCAAGGUAAAAUAUAUAAACACAAAGUACCAAACUGAUAUUUGAUUACUUUACAACAAAAUGAUUGGCCCUUGAAACAAAUUAUUUGCUCACCAGAUGGACACUGUAUUGUAUUCUUAUUUGAUCAUAAAAACCACUGCACAUUAAAAAAUUGUGUUUUUUGUUUUUAGAAAAGCAUUUAUAAAUAUGUUGAUUUUCACCAAUUUAUAACAUCAAAAGCCUAUUGCUUUUUUAAAGUCCAAAGUAGUAGUUGUUCGGAGUCAUUUAAAUACUUAAAUUCUAAACACUGUUUUUACAGUGGUGAAGGCACUUUGACAGCUUUCAACAUCCGCAGGAAAAGAAUGGACUGUCAGUCAGAGCUUUUUGAUUCAGAAUUACUCUGCUUGACAAAAAUGAAGGUUUGUUAUUAUUAUUUUGUAAUGUGUUCUUUAUGUAAUAGAAAUUUUGUAAUGAAUUUUUAGUACUCCAGAGAUACUGUAUGUUUUUAAAACUAGAUUUUAUAUCUAGGAUAUAAUCAAGAUGUACCCAUGCAGCACUUUUACUUAGAGAUAAAAUUAAAUUCUAAUACUAUAUGCUUGACAUUUGAAUUGGUUUUAUUCAACAGGGUGGUCGAAAACUUGUUUGUGGCACAGGAGAAGGCGUGUUGAAUGUUUUUAACUGGGGACAAUGGGGUAACAUCAGUGACAGAUUUCCUUGUGGAGACACACAGGUUGACAGUUUAGUGCCCAUCACAGAUGAUGUUUUAUGUAUAGGAACUAAUGAUGGAUUUAUUAAGUAAGUUUGUUUUAUUUUUUAAAAUUCUAAAAUAUUGAUGGCCUAAAGAGCUUGAUAGAAAUGGUAUAAUCUUUUUAAUUUAUAUCUGUCAUAUGCUCUAGAUCAGUGGUUCUCAUAUUGGGAUUGCCCCAGGAGGUACUGAAACGGUUAAUAGCUUUAAAGGGGCACUGUUGAAUUGUAUCAGGUUAAAAAAUGUAAAGAAAGAAUGCACACUGUUUAUAUUUAUAUUUUCUGAAUGACAUAAGAGCAAGUCAGAGAUUAUAUUUUUAAGGUACAUGAGGAGAGAAAAUUCCUUUGAUUUCAAUGUCAAAUAGAAGCACCAGCUGCCAUUAACUAAAACACAUAUACACAUAAGGAGGCACUGUGAACAGACAACACUAGUGGUUCCAAUAAUAAAUUGGCUUUACAAAUGUGACUGUCAAGCAUGUUUUGCAAUGCCCAUUGAAGAAAAAACACUGAUUAGUGAUAGCUUGCAUGCAUCAUGUAUUACAUCUCGCUGCAGACUGCUAAAUCUGGAAUGUCAUGAUAACCGGUUAAGUAUUUAGUGAGGUCUGGGUGGUAUCAAACUUUAUGCUUCUGAGAGUGUGGAAGAUAAUAUUUGUAAAGCAAACGUAAGAAAAUAGAGCUUGCAUGACAUUGGAUUUACUUCAAAGCCAAUGAAACUUUGCACACUGUUUUUGUAUGCUUUGUAAAAGAUGAAAGUUUGGAUGAAGAAGUGAAAGACUGCUUGAAACAGUUAUUAAUCCAGUGUCAAUAGUUUAUGUUGCUGAACAUUUCUUUAAAGACAAGUAAAGUCUGUUGAAUAACUUAUUUUUACAGUUGGUGUAGCCCCAGUAAUGCAUUAUUGCUAUUUUCAAUGUGCUGUUCAUUUGAAAAGCAUAGCUAACAGUCUUAAUCAUUAAUAGUGUCAGGUGGAGCCAGCGAAGUAACUCAUGAUGGCAUGCUCAAAUCAUUAAAUAGUUAUUAUUGUAGUAAUUUGAAUUAAAGUCCAUGGUCUUAUAUUCAGAAGCUCUAUUUAAGCUUUUAAUGCUUCAUACCAAAGUUUAGAAGAUUUCAAAAUGCAAGUUGUUAGAAACAGUUUUGGGGAUUUUUGAAGACACCAAUACUUGCUGACCUCAAAAAACUAGACACACUAUUUUUCUCUUUAUUCUGCCCUGGUUUUAAUGCUGUCAUAAAAUUUUGAUCCAAGCAAAGAAAUUGAGUUUAGAUUUCAGAAAGUGGGAAUUUUAAAACAGACAUUAAAAAAAACAAGUCCAUCCAUCACGUUUAUAAUAUUAUUGCAUUGGAAAUGGUAGAUAUUUAAGAUUCUUGAUGCAUAAUUGAUAGACAAAGGCUGAGAACCACUGAUCAAAGGCUUAUUUUGAAGAAAAAAGGUAAUCUACCACUUCAGUGUCGGUUAUGAACAAAUCUUGUUCCUGUUUGAAGUGCUAUUUAAAGGUUUAUUCUUUUAUUGAUGCCCAUAAAGUCGAGAAGGCCACUGGGUUUUGGGUGGCAUAGAAAGAGAGUGGCAGCUGUUUCUCGUUAAAGUGCUAGACCGAUGUGCCAUCAUGUUACAGGAGAGCCUACAGAGAUAUAUUCUUUCAGGGUUACUGAUUGUAUUAGAUGAAUGGGCGGCUUAUGCAAACAUAAGCCAGAUCAGACACGAAUCUACAAACACACCGAUGUUGUUCAUUAAAAAAUUUUUGUCAAUCCAAAUUACACUGGUGUCCACUCACAGACUUGUUAAAAUAUGUGGAUGCACACAAAGCGCAAGCUGAAAAGACUGUUUGCCACAAGCCGUGAGCUUUUCCCUUCAUAUUUGCAUGAGUUCAUGUCUCGCAAUCAUUGAUAUAAACUCAAGCUCUGUUUUCUUUCCACACAUUAAAUUGUUAAAAAUUUUAUUUGAAGAAUGAUUAAAUUGUUCUAUUUAAAAAUGUUGUCUGUUAUAUUAUAUAUGUGCUGAAAUGAAUAUGCACAAUGUCAUAAAAAACAUCGCCAUUUUUAUAGAUCAAUAAAAAAAAAUUCAUCUUAUCAAUAGUAACAAUAACCAUUUUUAAAUAGCACUUCAAACUGGAACAACAUGAUUUCUUUCAUAACCGACUCGGAAAGUACCCCAAAAAUAUAUAUAUAUUUGUUGUUCUUAAAAAUAGUAAUUAAAAAAAAUAAGAAUUGUUAUAUAUCAUUUUAGAUGUUUAUAAAAGAACCAUAUUUUUCUUUAUUUUGACAGAGCAGUUCAUGUGCUACCCAACAGAGUUUUAGGUAUUGUUGGUCAGCAUGAGGGGGAUUUCCCUGUAGAGUCUCUGUGUAUGACCGCUGAUAAUAUGUGCAUUGCCAGCUGUUCACAUGAUCAACGGGUUAAAUUUUGGAACAUAGAAGAGCUGAAAAGUCAAACUGUUGAUACUAGUAAAAAAGCUGUGAAAAAGGCAAAAACACUGGUCAAGUUUAGUAAAGCCAAGAAAAAUGAUUUCUUCUCUGGCCUGGUGGAAACAAAUGCUGAACAGAAUGAUGGAAAUUCAGAUGAAGAUAGUGAUGAUGAUUCUGACUAAACUGUUUUAAUUUAUGUAUAAUCCUCAUGUAUAUUUAUGUCAAUUAAAUUAAAAUGACAGAAAUAAAAAUGAAUUAAUUUAUUAAUUUUAUUCUGAGCAAAUAAAAAAUACAUUUAAUAAAACAAGUUUGCCAACAUGAAUUGAAUUAUCUUAUAACUUAAAAAUAAUAGAAAUUCAUUGGCAAUAGAUUUGUUAUGACAUAAACACAAUUUUUAAUCAUGUCAUGCCAAUCGAUGAAUUUAAAACAAAUGAGUAAUUUUCUAAUUAACAAUAACACUUUAAUUUUAAAUUAUGAUAAACAAUAUGAUAAACUUUUCAUUCUGUUGAUAUUCCAAAAUCGGGAUGCUGUAAAACUUUUUACGGUAAUAAGGGGAGAGACUGCAAUCAGGUUAGCGAAAUAGGAAAUGAGUAAAACAAAGUAGGUGAGAGAUUAAAUAGGGAAAUAAAAGAGAAGUUAGUCCACUGACUAUGGAACCUUGACACCACAUGGCAUGAACGUCAUGUCUUUAUUCACAGCUUGAGCUAGCUCUGCCCCUCCACGCCACAACCAAUCGCAGUGGACUAGCUUCUCCUUCCUUUCCCUCUUCCCUAUUUAAUCUCUCACCUACUUAUUUUCUGUCACAAUUCUUUUGCUGCCCUCUCAGAUACUACUUCUCAACUAAGUGCUAUAUUUUUUCAAUUUUAUUCUGUUUUUUUCUGUUGUUUGUUGCUGACGAAGGCUUCCUGGCGACACUUUCGUU